UCAAACAAAGUUCAUCAAUAUAUUUCUCUUUCUUUGCUUAAAAUAAAAAAAAUAAUAAUAAUACUUGGUAUAUGAUGGGUGGUUCUAUUGGGAGUGUGCUCAGCCUAGCACUAAGCCUCAUAGCACUAACCCUUGCCGGCUACUCAAUUUACCAAAACACCCACACGGCCAUUAUUGAGGGCCUGCAGCUUAAUAAGGUUAUUACCGACACUUUGGAUGAGUCGCCGGAGAACAUGCUUGUUCUGCCGCCGCUCGAUAAAUCUUCCGGCAAGCUUUCCGACGAAGCGUGUGUAUUCUCCGCCGUCAAAGAAGUGGUGGUCGCCGCCAUUAACAAGGAGGCUCGGAUGGGUGCCUCUCUCAUCCGUCUUUUCUUCCAUGACUGUUUUGUCGAUGGUUGCGACGCAGGGCUUCUUCUAAAGGAUACCCCGACUUUCACCGGCGAACAGACUGCCAUCGGCAACAAUAACUCCGUCAGAGGUUUUGAGGUCAUAGACAAUGCCAAACAGAACGCAAAAACCAAAUGCCCCGACACCCCUGUCUCUUGCGCAGACAUUCUUUCCAUCGCUGCCCGCGAUUCCUUCCAAAAGUUCACGGGAAAAACAUACACAGUGAGUCUUGGCAGAAAAGAUGCAAGAACGGCGAACUUCACCGGAGCUAAUACCCAACUCGUCGGGCCGUCGGAGACCUUGGCGUCGCAGGUGAAGAAGUUCGCCGACAAAGGGUUUAACCAAACGGAGUUGGUGGCGCUGUUGGGCUCGCACACAAUAGGGUUCGCCAGAUGCCCGCUCCUAUGCGUCAGCUCGUUCGUGAACCCGGCCCGGGCCUCCGCGUUGCAAUGCAACUGCCAGACAACCCCGAACGCCACGGGACUGGUCGGCCUGGACCCCACACCCGCGAAGUUCGACCAGCGUUACUACUCCGACGUGGCAAGCGGCCGGGGCCUUUUGUUCUCCGACAAUGAGCUGAUGAAGGGGAACGCCACCAGCGCCGCCGUGAAGAGGUACCGGGACGCCAUGGACUCUUUCCUGGCCGACUUUGCGGCGGCCAUGGUGAAGAUGAGCAAGCUGCCGCCGUCCCCCGGGGUCCCGCUCGAAAUCCGGGAUGUUUGCAGCAAGGUGAAUGCCAACUCCGCCGGUGUUGCAUCCUUCUGAAGGCCGCGCGCGGCCCCGUCCGGCCGCCGGCCGGCGAUCCUUUGGGUUUUUCCCCCAUGUUUUAAGCUAAGGAAUAAAUGAAUGCAGGAAGGCCGGUGGGUAUUUGUGUAAAUGCUCUUGAUGACUCUUUGUAGUGUACUAGUAGCACUACACAAAAUUAAUGUACGGCACAUGCGUGGACAAUCAAUAAUAGAAAUGCUAAAUAUGG